ACAAAUAAAUGUGAAUUUUACCGUAUUAACUAUUACAAAAUAAUAAUUAAAUAUCAUAUAAUGUUUGGUCUUACAAAUGUUAUGAUAAAACAUUAAGAUGAAAAAUUACGUUUCUAUUUUUAAAAUAUGGUAUAUGCUUAUAAAAUAUUUAAAUAAGAAAAUCUAACUUCCUAAUAUGGAUGAAAACAUUUCACUAAAUUUAUGCAGAAUUUGUUUAGAUAAUGGGGCCAAUAUAUCCAUAUUUGAAAAUAAUGAAGAUGAAAACUGUGAUAUACAAGCUAAUCUAUCCUUAUGUUUGAAAGAAAAGAUAGAAGAUAUAGAUGGUUAUCCACGUUUUAUAUGUCAGGCAUGCAAUGAUAUAUUAAAUGUGGCAUGUAAUUUUAUUAAUAAAUACAAGAACACAUGUAAAAUAUUGGCAAAUGGAUUAGAUAUUAUAAAGCAUGAAAAUGAACUCAGUAGUGUAAGUUGUAAAGAACAAUCCGAGGAAGAGAUUGAAUUAGAAAAAAUAAAAAAUGAGUAUAAAAGUGAUGAUGAUGAAUUAAGUGAUCAUCAUCAAGAUUUUUUUAAACCAUUACAACUUAAAUUUAAGUUAAAGGUAGAGAAAGAAAAAAUAUCAAAAGUUAUAAAGAAGAAAAGAAGUGUUGCCAAAACAAAUAGUAAACAAAUCACAAAUAAAAUAGCUUCUUCUAUAUUAGAAGGUGAAUUAGCUUGGAAUGGUGAAGAAUGGUGUUUAAACUCCAGCAAAACUAAGCAAUUAUCCCAAGAAAAAUCAAAACUGUUAAAACAAAAACCUGAAAAUCGAAAAAGGGUUAAAAUAAAAUUACCUAAAACAAAGAAACCAAACCCACCAAAAUUAUGUGAUUUAUGUGGUGAAGUAUUUAAAAGCCAGGAUAAAUUAUCAGUUCAUAAGAAAAAUGUGCAUUUCAGAAACCCCGUCAAAUGUGUACAUUGUUUACGAUUAUUUGUAUCUGAUUAUUACUUAAACAGACAUAUGAAAAGAAAACACGACGCAGAUAAAAAAUUUAUAUGUGCAAUUUGCGGACGAGGAUUCGCCUUUAAGGGAGAACUUAGUAGUCACAAUAAAAAUGUUCAUAACAAACACUUGAAACCAAAGAAACAAUAUAAAUGUAAAUUUUGUAAUAAAUUAUACAAGUGUGCUAAAUCUGUCAUUGUACACGAGAGAUCGGCUCACACAGGUCAAAGGCCAGCUGUUUGUUCUGUAUGUGGAAGUAGUUUCUAUCAUGAUGACUAUUUAAAGGAACACAUGCGACUACAUACUGGGGAGACUCCAUUCAAAUGUCCCAUUUGUGACAGGGGAUACGCUCAACGAUGCAAUAUGAAGAGUCAUCUCAGAAUACAUAAAAGAUCAGAGCUUGAUGCAGCUACUUUGAGUAAACUGAAACCUAAUUAUUUAAGACUUCUAAAGGCAUGACUUUAUACACAUUAUUAUAAGUUACAUGACACUAUAUUAGUGUCCAAUUUGAAUAAUACUAUUUAUAAUUAUUAUUCUCUUAGAUAACAAUUUCAUUUUUUAUUACAAUUUUUUUUUUAAAGUAAACAAUUAUCUUUACUGUCAACUUAUUACACUAAAUUUA